AUGAACUCUCCCUUCCCCAAGUCCUUGUCCGCAGCCGGAGAAGGACGAAUAGUCGUUAGACUUCUGCCCAGCCAAGUUUCAGCACUCGAAAGCAUUACGUAUCAGUAUCCGCUGAAACUUAUAUCACCCGCAUUCAAGGCCGAUCAGAAGAGUGUCCUGGUCUUUCUUCUGUCAUAUGGCGGUGGUUUGGUCGGCGGAGAUCAAAUCAACCUUGCAAUUGAUAUCGAGCAAAAUGCCAGGCUGACUCUUGUCACACAAGGUCAUACCAAGAUAUUCAAGCCGACGACGUCGGGUAUCGUGACCAGGCAAGCCUUGCACGUGGACAUACAGGACGGCGGUGCCCUCUGUCUUCUACCGGACCCGGUGCAACCCUUUGAAGGAAGCAACUAUGAGCAGACGCAGAUAUUUACCUUGCAUGGAACGGCAUCCUUGUGUAUGUUGGACUGGGUGACUCAUGGGCGCUCGGCUCGUGGUGAAAACUGGGACCUUGACAGAUGGAUCGGUCGCAAUGAAAUCUGGGCGGCCAGCUCGUCCAAGUCCGUGAAGAACAGGCUACUCGUGCGCGAUACUGUCAACCUGGACGGGACGGGAGGCUCGGCACACCCGAAGCCACUCCGAGAUAUCAUGCACUGCCAUGCCAUCUUCGGCACACUGCUACUUCGAGGUCCUUUGACCCAGGCCCUCGGAGAAUUUUUCUUAUCGGAGUUUGCUGCGCUGCCCAGACUUGGGUCCAGAGACUUCCGGUCUGCAAAAGAAAAGGCGGAAGAGGCGACUCGCUCUCCGCUUGAGAAGUGGCGUGCAGUCAGACUUCAGCAGGAGUCAAUAGACAAGGUUCUUUGGUCUGCAGCACAAGUCAGAGGCUGCGUGAUCGUCAAGUUCGGGUCAGCGACCGUCGAAGGUGGCAGAAACUGGAUCGGUUCCAUGCUCAUGCAACAAGGCAGUGUCGUGUCUGAAUUCGGCGACGAUGCCUUGAUGUGUGUUCGAUGA